AGAUCUGUGAACGGAAGCGGAAACUGCUGCAGCUUCGCGCGUUUGUCCAAGCUGUUGGCGCCACCAUCACAAUUCACCAAGUUGUCAGCGGUGGAAGCAUAGAGUUGGAGCAAACAUUUAAGUACAUUUUCUCUUCGUAUCCAUAUUAUCUACUCACAGACAUGACGAAGCUCUCAGAGGGUGCCAUAGAGGCUCUGUCCAAUAGCAAAGGUAGCAACGAUGCUGUGCUUCAGUUGGUGAACAUUCGCAAGAUUGAUGGAGGAAGUGGUCCAGCUCGCUAUCGGGUGAUGAUGAGUGAUGGCGUGCACACACUAUCCUCCUUCAUGCUCUCAACGCAGCUGAACUUCAUGGUCGAGGACGACUUACUGGCCCCGAACUGCGUCUGCAUUCUAAAGAGACAUGUGACCAACAUACUGAAGGAUAAACGACGGGUCGUGAUCAUUUUGGAAAUCGAAGUCGUCCAGCCUGCUGAAGAGGUUGCAGGAAGAAUUGGCGACCCGACUCCUUACAAUGAUGGUCAGAUCAAAGGACCACAGUCAGCACCAAGCUCUGAAAUCCGAGCACCGCUACUGCAGCAAAAUAAAAAAGAAGUGCCAAGAGUUUUCAAUAAGGACUUUGAGAAAAAUAACCCAUCCAAUAUGCCCAGUACUCCAGGGGGCAGCUCCAAAGUUGUGCCCAUCGCCAGCCUCAACCCUUAUCAGUCCAAGUGGACCGUCCGCGCCCGCAUUACCAACAAGAGCGGCAUCCGUACGUGGAGCAAUUCUCGUGGGGACGGCAAACUCUUCUCCAUGGAGAUGGUGGAUGAGAGUGGAGAGAUUCGAGUGACUGGUUUCAACCAAGAGGUGGACAAGUUCUUCAGCCUUAUUGAAGUUGGCAAGGUCUACUACAUCUCCAAGGGCUCCCUGAAGAUUGCCAACAAGCAGUACACAUCGGUGAAGAAUGAUUAUGAGAUGACUCUCAACGGAGACUCCAGCAUCAUCCCCUGUGAAGACGCAGGUGAUGUUCCCGUGCUGCAGUGUGACUUUGUAUCCAUCGGUGACCUGGAGGUCAGGGAAAAAGAUGCCAUUAUUGAUGUGAUUGGCGUGUGCAAGAGUGUGGAUGAUGUGACCCGCAUCAUCACAAAGAACAACAAAGAAGUGUCCAAGAGGACGCUCAACCUGAUGGACAUGUCUGGGAAGGUGGUGACUCUCACGCUGUGGGGAGAAGAGGCAGAGACGUUUGAAGGCUCUGGUCAGCCCAUCAUAGUCGUUAAGGGGGCAAAGCUUUCAGACUUCGGAGGCCGCUCCCUCUCUGCAUCCUUUAACAGCACCAUGAUGAUCAACCCAGACAUCCCCGAGGCACACAAGCUGAGAGGCUGGUAUGACAAGGAGGGUCACGCCAUGGAUGGUCAGUCCAUGACGGAGGUGAAAGGCGGCGGGGGAGGAAACACCAACUGGAAGACUCUGUCUGACGUUAAGACGGAGCACCUGGGUCAUGGAGAAAAGGCGGACUACUACACAUGCAUUGCUACCAUUGUGUACCUGCGUAAGGAGAACUGCCUCUACCAGGCCUGUCCUAGCCAAGACUGCAACAAAAAAGUGGUAGACCAGCACAACGGCAUGUUCCGCUGCGAGAAGUGCGACAAAGAGUUCCCCAACUUCAAGUACCGCCUCAUCCUUUCUGCCAACAUUGCAGAUUACGCGGACAACCAGUGGGUGACGUGCUUCCAGGAGACUGCAGAGUCCAUCCUGGGCCAGAACGCAGCUUACCUGGGGCAGCUCAAGGACUCGAACGAAGCCGCCUUUGACGAAAUCUUCCAACAAGCCAACUUCAACACUUUUGUCUUCCGCAGCAGAGUGAAGCUAGAAACAUAUAACGAUGAGUCCAGGAUCAAGGCCACAGCGGUGGAAGUGAAACCCGUUGACCAUUUGGAUUACAGCAAGAGGUUGAUCAUGAACAUAAGGAAACUGGCUGCUCAGUAGGAACAUUUAUACCAAGUAUUCUGAGUCUGCUCCAGUUUCCUUGUUUCUGUGGAGUCAACAAAAGGCUCUACAUGUACAACAAAGCUUAGCUUACAAAGCUCUUGUCUUUAGUUUCUUCCUUUUCUUCCCCUCAGAGAAUUUACCUUGACUGUUUACCUUUCUUCGUGAAAUAAUGGUUUGUGUCCCGAUUCAACUUAUUUGGUCAAUUUAACGUUGGUUAUUUCUGCUCCUUUUGUUAAAUGGGGAAGCAGAGUUGGUCAGUAAGACACACAAUACAUCAUCACUGUGUCUGUCUUAGGUCAGCCAGUUGUUCCUGUACUGUGGCCAUGUGUGGGUGGUGGCUGCUUCAAGAGGAAGACCAGUACAGAAGUAGCACUCUUCACUGUGGUGCACUGAAAACCGCUGGACCUGCACAUCCCUGAUAAGACAGCUUACUCUCCCACUCUUUUUGUUGUGUACUGCGGUACUGCGGUCUAUUUAAGCUGAAAGAUAUUGUCCUUAUGUCUCAUGCAUGUAACUUGGUGUGUGUUCAGUUUAUUGGGAUAAUUGUGGGAAUAAAUAUUUUUGUGUUCAAAUUA